CAAAAUCCUCUCUUUUCGUCCCCCUCCCCACUCCUUCCCCCUCGUACCCCCGACCCCUCCUCCAUCUCUCCCUCCGGCCGCCGCAAUGCCGGUCUACCGUAUCCGCGGCGUGGACGUCGACUUCCCCUACGAUGCCUACGAUUGUCAGAUCACCUACAUGGACCGUGUCCUCCAGUCACUGCAGCAGGGUAAUAACGCGCUGCUCGAGAGCCCUACGGGGACGGGGAAGACGCUCUGCCUGCUCUGCUCCGCGCUCGCUUGGCGGCGCACCUACGGGGAGUUUCUGCGGGGCGGUGGGGCCGCGGGAGGCAGCCAGCCAUCGGGGAGCCAGCAGUCUGGGGCAUCCGCGACUCAGUCAUCGCCGUACCCCGUGAUUAUCUAUGCCUCCCGGACGCAUAGCCAGCUCCGGCAGGUGAUCAAGGAGCUCAAGGCCACCAGCUACAGGCCGAAAAUGGCAGUGCUGGGCUCCCGUGAGCAGAUGUGCAUCCAUGAAGAAGUGAGCAAACUCCGGGGAAAAGCACAGAACAAUGGUUGCCACUACCUCUGCAAGAAGCGCAGGUGCCGUCAUAACAACAUUGUCACUGAAUACAUGAAAAACAACACCGAGCUUGGGACUGAGCCUUUUGACAUUGAAGACUUGGUUAAUAUUGGAAGAACCAAGGGCCCUUGCCCAUAUUACAUUUCCCGGGAGCUUUCCAAGUCGGUUGAUAUUUUAUUUGCUCCUUAUAACUAUCUCAUUGAUCCGGGAAAUCGGCGUUCCUUAACUGGCAUAUCAUGGGACAAUGCGGUACUUAUAUUUGAUGAAGCACACAAUCUGGAGAGUAUAUGCGCAGAUGCCGCCUCUUUUGACUUGCUUACCAGCAACCUCACUUCUUGUAUCACGGAAGCUCAAGAAUGCAUCCAAUUGUGUUCAUUCAAGAGGUCCACUGAAAAUUCUGCUGAAAAACAAUUUGACCCAGAAAACUAUGCUAUCCUCAAAGCUCUUUUAUUGGCACUUGAAAAAAAAAUCGGUGAGCUUGUAAUUGAUUCCAAGGAGCUGGGUUACACAAAGCCUGGGAGUUACAUAUACGAGUUCCUCUCUGAACUCAAUAUUACGUCUGAAACAUCCAAAAAGCUUAUUGAGACUAUUGAUAGUGCUUCUCUACUGCUCGAGGAAGGAAAUUCUGGUGAAACUAAAGCUGGUGUUAAGGCAAAGUCCACUGUGUCUAGAUUGGAAACAAUUAGAGAUAUGCUUGACAUAAUAUUUAAGGGUGGUGGUCAAAACCAUGCGAAGUAUUAUAGUUUUCAUGUGAAUGAAUCUCGACAGACAUCUGGUGACUCAUUGCAAGUUUACGGUAAGGCUUCAAGGACUCUUAGUUGGUGGUGUUUUAACCCAGGGCUUGCUAUGGAGGAAUUUCUGAAGUUGGGUGUACGCUCCAUUAUUUUAACUUCUGGAACUUUAUCUCCUUUAGACUCGCUUGCCAUGGAAUUAAACCUUGAGUUCCCUGUCAGGCUAGAGAAUCCUCAUGUCAUUUCUCAAGAUCAAAUCUGGGUUGGAGUUGUGCCUGUGGGGCCAUCAGGACACCCACUUAAUUCUUCUUAUCGGACGCGUGAGACUGUAAAAUACAAACAAGAAUUGGGCACUGUUAUAGUUAAUUUUGCCCGUAUUGUGCCAGAUGGUCUCCUUGUUUUCUUUCCUUCAUAUUCUAUGAUGGACAAGUGUAUCGACUACUGGAAAAAUAGGAACCAUGAACAUUCAGUGGAUGAUAGCACAAUUUGGCAGAGAAUGUGCAAGCAUAAGCAGCCAGUUAUAGAGCCUAGGCAGUCUUCAAACUUCCCAAAUGCAAUUGAGGAUUAUGCAGCCAAAUUACGCGAUCCUUCUACUUCUGGGGCAAUUUUUUUUGCAGUUUGUCGCGGCAAAGUUAGUGAGGGUCUUGAUUUUGCUGACCGUGCUGGGAGAGCUGUAAUAGUUACUGGAAUGCCCUUCUCCACCCCGACUGAUCCUAAGGUCCGGCUCAAGCGUGAGUAUUUGGAUAAGCAGGCUAAACCAUCUAAUAAAAACCCAAAGGCUUUGACAGGAGAGGAGUGGUAUGUGCAACAAGCAGCAAGGGCUGUCAAUCAGGCUGUUGGACGUGUCAUCAGACAUCGCCAUGACUAUGGAGCAAUUAUUUACUGUGACGAAAGGUUUGUGUGGCCAAAUUACCAAUCCCAGAUGUCCUAUUGGCUCAAACCUUAUAUAAAGUGCUACUCAAAGUAUGGGGAAGUAGUUCAAACACUGACAAGAUUUUUCCGGGAUAAAGUUUGUGUAGACCCAAAAGAGAUGGACUGUAAUGAUAGUGUUACACCGCCUGCAGACAAAUGUCUGCCGCAGAAGAUUGUAUCUGACUCGCCUGCCACAGCAGUAAAUGGGCACCGGGGAACUACAGUAUCAUUGAAUGCAACCACCAGAAAAAACAACUAUAUGAAGUUUACCCAGAUCACUCCUGCCAAUCGCACCACCCUUCCUAUGAAACAUGGCUGUUCCACAUCUUCACAGCACGUAUCCUCAAGGGGCCAAAUUUCUCAGGAUUCUCAGGUUGUUGAUUUGAUCGAUAAUGCGGCCAUGCAUGGACAAUUGAAGGAACAUGCCUUAAAGUCUAUGAGACUUAAGAAGGCUAAAAUAGCAGAUGUCUCUUCACAAUUGAAACAUAAUGUUGAGUCGAGAGCUUUGACUGGAAACCAAGGUCAACAAUCUACACCUCCAUCGAAAAGAAGUACCAUUGAACAAGCAUGUGAAAAGAAUGAGGCUAUUCAAGAAAGAUGUGGUGGCCCGGAAUCUACUACUGGACCGGCCUUCUUGAAGUUGGCUCGAGAAAAGCUCAGUACUGCAGAGUAUGGAGAGUUUGUUGAAUUUAUGAAGGCCUUAAAAUUGAAAACCAUGCACAUCAAAGACUCACUUGAAGCAAUAGCGAAACUGUUUUCUUCUCCAGGGCGACUCACACUUCUUGAAGGGUUCAGGGUCUUUGUUUCUAAGAAUCAUCUUCCAUUAUAUGAGCAGCUUGUUAAAAAAUAUACCAUGGCUAAUACAUAAUGACAUCAUCUGUUGCACAUAUUUAAAGAUGAAAUGUGGAAAAACCUCGAGAAGCAAGCCCAAAGAAUUCCACUGAAUUCAUGCAAUUAACUUAUGGGAAGUGUAAGUUCUUGAAGCCAUCUGAGGUUUUCAUCCCAAUCAGUGCAUUGCACAUAUCGUGGAGUAUGUGUAGGGAUCUUCAACUGUAAAUUAAAAAAUGUAAUUAUCCCAUAUUAUGUUUCUGGAAAUAGGUUUAUAUAACUCAUUAUCUGUAGUUUGGUGCUGGUACAUUUGGUUUAAUGAGCAUUCCCAUGUUUUCAGCAAUGGGCUUAGCUUAUGGUUGUUGUGUUGAACUUAUGUUGUACUCCCUCCGUCCCACAAUAUAAGAACGUUUUUGACACUA